AUGGGCGACGAUGUGUGGGCAACAGAUGAUAGCCAUAAUGACACUGGCUAUGACAAAGAUAUGGCAGAGCGCAACUGGACUAGAUUGCAAGAUACUCAUGGCAUUGUUGGUUAUAAAGAAGGGAUUAUCGAAGGGAAAGAGACACAUAUCCAGGCAGGAUUCGAUCUAGGAUACAAGGAUGGAUUCAUGAUGAGCCAUGGAAUGGGUCAACAGCAAGGAAUACUAGCUGCUGUACUGCAAAUGUGCACAAAAGAGACGGAGCUUCAACGAACCAUGUUUAAACUAAUCCCUUCUGAUGUAACCAUGCAAUCUCUAAACGAGCUUUAUGCAGAAUAUCAAUCCAUGACAGCAGAGAAGAUACUAACUGCCGACUACUAUAAAUCUGCUCAACUUGGUGCUCUUUCUACAAUAGAACCAGAUCAAAUCACCCAUCUUGGGCAGAAGCUUGUGUUCUUACUGGAACCCAUUCUGCACGAACCCAUUUUUGCAGCAUUGCAGCUGUAA